GAAAUUUAGAUGAACCAAACCCUGAAGGCAUUUUCAUCAUGGUAAUACCUCCCCCAAAUGUUACAGGAAGUCUUCAUCUUGGUCACGCUCUUACAAAUUCUGUUGAGGAUGCCAUCUGCCGCUGGCACAGAAUGAAAGGCCGCACAGCAUUGUGGGUGCCUGGGUGUGACCAUGCAGGUAUUGCCACACAGGUUGCAGUGGAAAAAAAAAUAAAACGUGAGGAAGGAAAGAGCCGGCAUGAUUUGGGGCGUGAGGAAUUUAUCAAACGUGUCUGGCAGUGGAAGAAUGAGAAGGGUGAUCGUAUCUACCAUCAGUUAGAGAAGAUGGGAUCUUCGCUUGACUGGGAUCGCACUACUUUUACAAUGGAUCCAGGGCCACAGGAAGCUGUAAAGGAGGCAUUUGUAAGAAUGCAUGAAGAUGGAACUAUAUAUAGAUCUAACCGCCUUGUCAACUGGUCUUGUACCCUCAAGUCUGCCAUCUCGGAUAUUGAGGUUGAGAAAAAGGAGCUGCCUGGCCGAACAGAAUUGCCAGUUCCAGGAUAUGAUGAAAAAGUAGAAUUUGGAGUGCUGGUCUCAUUUGCUUAUCAAGUAGAAGACUCGCAUGAGCGUAUAAUAGUUGCUACUACUCGAAUUGAAACCAUGUUAGGGGACACAGCUGUGGCAGUCCAUCCAAAAGAUGAGAGAUACAAACACCUACGGGGUAAAACACUAGUGCACCCCUUUACUAACCGCAAGCUGCCAAUAUUGGAGGACGAUUUUGUUGAAAUGGAAUUUGGUACUGGUGCUGUCAAGAUCACUCCUGCUCAUGACCCCAAUGACUAUGAAGUUGGGAAGAGACAUAGUCUUCCCUUCCUUACUAUUUUCACUGAUGAUGGAUACAUUGUAGAAGGAUAUGGACAGUUCACAGGGAUGAAACGGUUUGAGGCACGUAAGGCUGUACUAGAGGCACUCCAGGAGAAAGGCUUAUAUGUAGAAACAAAGGACAACCCAAUGGUGGUCCCUGUGUGUUCCCGAUCCAAAGAUAUCAUUGAGCCUAUGAUUAAGCCACAAUGGUAUGUCAAGUGCUUAGAUAUGGCAGCCAAGGCAAUUGAAGCAGUAAAGUCAGGUGAACUAGAAAUAAUUCCAAAAAUGCAUGAAAAGACUUGGUACCACUGGAUGGAGGAAAUGAGAGAUUGGUGCAUCUCUCGGCAGCUUUGGUGGGGACACCAGAUUCCUGCAUACUUUGUGAAGAUUGAUGACCCAUCUUUCCCUGCUAGACAGGCAAGUUUUGUGCUGUUUGAUGAAUUAACAUUCAGUAUGUUAAGUUAG